UAACUCACACUCCUUCAAGAUGAAAGCCGUGGUGCUGACCCUGGCUGUGCUCUUUCUGACGGGGAGCCAGGCACGGCAUUUCUGGCAGCAAGAUGAGCCCCAGUCCCCCUGGGAUCGAGUGAAGGAUUUAGCCACCGUGUAUGUGGAUGCAAUCAAAGACAGUGGCAGAGACUAUGUGUCCCAGUUUGAAGCCUCCGCCUUGGGAAAACAGCUCAACCUGAAGCUCCUGGACAACUGGGACAGCCUGACCACCAGUUUCAGCAAGCUGCGCGAGCAGCUGGGCCCGGUGACCCAGGAGUUCUGGGAUAACCUGGAGAAGGAGACGGAAGCGCUGAGGCAGGAGAUGAACAAGGACGUGGAGGAGAUGAAGACGAAAGUGCAGCCCUACCUGGACGAGUUCCAGAAGAAGUGGCAGGAGGAGGUGGAGCUCUACCGCCAGAAGGUGGAGCCGCUGGGCUCGGAGCUCCGCGAGGGCGCGCGCCAGAAGCUGCAGGAGCUGCAGGAGAAGCUGAGCCCGCUGGGCGAGGAGCUGCGCGACCGCGCGCGCACCCACGUGGACUCGCUGCGCACCCAGCUGGCGCCCUACAGCGAGGAGCUGCGCCAGCGCCUGGCCUCACGCCUCGAGGCGCUCAAGGAGAGUGGCGGCGCCAGCCUGGCCGACUACCACGCCAAGGCCAGCGAGCAGCUGAGCGCGCUCAGCGAGAAGGCCAAGCCCGCGCUCGAAGACCUGCGCCAGGGCCUCCUGCCCGUGCUGGAGAGCUUCAAGGUCAGCCUCCUGAGCGCCCUCGAGGAGGCCAGCAAGAAGCUGAACGCCCAGUGAGGCUCCCGCCGCUGCCCCCCGCCCCGGCGCUCGGGUUCGCACAAUAAACCUCUUCCACAGUGGGA